GCAUAUAGAGGAACGGCGCACAAUCCCAACUCCCAACAGCUCUGUCUUAAUUCAAAAACUGGCAAGGGAAAAAUGAAAGAAGAAGAAGAAGAAGAGGAGGAGGAAGGGUUUGAAGAAUGGGGCGCUGAUUUCUUAGAACAAUUGAUCCAAGUCGAAGAACACGCUCUUUCUUCUCAACUCCCCUCCUCCAUAUCCCCCCCUUCCACCACCACCACCAAACUCUCCUACCUCCCACCACCAGUACAACCACCGCAACAACAACAACACCAAGAUUAUCAAAAUAAUUCCAUCAGUUACUCUCCUCCUCGAGAACUCUCUCAAAGACCAAUCGAGUUCGGUAUCAACUACAAUAACAGCAUGACGUUUGAUGGUUUUUCUAACCAAUUCUCGCAUUCCGCUCCUUCUACUUCCGUCUCCAACGAUAAUGCAAGAGACCUGGAAAUUGAUCGCUUAAAGAGAGAAUUGGGCCGCGUAUCAAAGCACCUUACAAAUUUGGAAAAAGAAUGCUUUGAACUUAAGAAGGAGAGAAGAAAAAAAGAUGACCAAAUUAAAUCUGCAUAUGCAAAUAUUGAAGAAAAAGAUAUGGAUGUUCACAGCCGAAAAAAGACGAAUUUUGGCAGGGAACAUGGGUUUCACAGCAAGGAUGUUCAUGGAAUUUCCCAGCACUCUAAAAAUGCAAAACCUUUGGAGGACCAGAUUGAUAUAGCUUCUACGUCCAAGGCCAUAGGAGUUCAGACAGAGAGAAGCAUUGAUUUUACCAAAAUAGACUUGAACAAUGAUUUAUCUUCUCACCUUGAACUUUCCAAAACAUUGCUGGGCAUCUGGGGUUCCACAAGUGAACAACAAUUAGGAAGAAAUAUGAUCUCCAAGUUGUUCAUGGCCUGCCUGACAGAUUUUCAGGUUCUUUUUGGGUGCAUGAGCAUGAAUAUGUCCUCUAGAGUACAAAUGGACUAUAUGCCAGGUGAAAGCUCUUCUCAUGCAGCUUUGCAGUAUCAUUUGCGUUCUUUUCCGACAUCUGAAGCUGCAAAAGUUUCUCAUCUGUAUUCUGUACUGACAAAGAUCAAUAAUGGAGUGCUACAGUUGGAAGCUUUGUUUAGAUCUUUACUUGAUCUUUGUGAUGUUCCAAAUGUUUCCAUUCUUUCUAGUUCUUUACAUAUACUGCUCGUCUUUUUGAAGUACCUAUUGAGUUUGGGAACAAAAUUGGGAGGGGACAAUAUCAAGAUUGAGGGACUUUGCUCUGGGGGCAGCCUUGGAGGCCAAGAUCUGUUUAGUGUGGUCAGCCAUGAGACAUCUCAUGUGGGCUGUAGUUCGCAUGGGAUCAGAUCUUUUGAUUUAAAACACCUGUGCAAGAAGCGAUGCUGGAAUGCUGACACAUCAUUGCUUCUUACUUCUGUAAACUGGGUUUCUUUGUUUGAACUGAUGCUUCGGGUUGCUGUGAGCAAUACAGAAGAAUGUGUGAGACUGGAGGCAGUCUCUAUCAUGAAUGUGAUUCUGAUGAGUACUAAUGCGUUUACACAGAGGGAAAAGUUUGGCCAAUUACCAAUUUUUGAAAGCAUAGCACAAUUGUUAAAAAGGGAAGCUGGCUCACGUGUCCAAAAGGAAGCUCUCCAUCUUCUAUUCUUGUUGCUAAAUUGUUCCAAGCUGUUGAGCAUAUUUUGCUCUGGUUGUAAAGAGGCAGAGAUUUCUGAUUCCACAAAUGACAAGAAAAUUACUUCAACACCCAAAGGAUUCAGUAGCACCCUUGAGGGCUUGGCAGAAUGUAUUGCAUGCUCUGGAUAUAGCCUACAGGAUAUUGAACUUCGCAAGCGGGCUAUCAUCAUGCUGGCCUUUUUAGCCUCAUCUGGAAAACCUGGGUUUGAAAUUAUGGUGACUUGCAAAUUACCUGGAGAGACAAACUUUCUUAUGUUGAUUUUGCAAGUGUUGGUGUCCGAAAUGGAUGUAGAAGCUUCUGCUGAGCCAGAAAGAAGCAUCAAAGCAAGGACAUUGCUGAUUCGGGAGGCACUGAUAUUACUUAAUAGACUUGUGUCCAAUCCUGGCUACUCGGCUAUAGCGUUGCGUGUAUUAACAGCUAGAAGAGAUAUGGCUAUUUUGACCAUCGAUAUUGCAAACAGGUUGUCCCAAGAAGACCAGAGACACAGGCAAUCUGAUGUCCAAGGACAUGUGAAAGAAUCAGAAAUUGUUGAGUUAGGUCAGGUAUUUAAGAAAAGGGUUUUUGCUUAUCUAGGGGAUAAAAUGUCAUAAGAAAAAACUGGAUAUCAUGGUUCAAAUGAACUUAGAUUUUGUAUCUGUAUGGCAUUAAUUGGCCCAAAAUAGCUACCAUUUCCGUAAGGUUCGAGUAAAUAGAUUUUUUGCUGGGUCAGCCAUUUUCAUCAAAAUUCCUUUUGGAAAUUGACCUCCCCCCAAAGAUUGCUUCACCUAGAAAUUUUUUAUACGUCUUGGAGGACCGGAUCGCCCACAUAGAGCAUAUGCUGUAUGUCGAUUUUUUUUUUAAUUAAUGCAAAAUACUAUAAUUUUGCUAUUA